ACCUAUUGUUUUCAAGCAUAUCCUUUGAAGUUAACGUUAACCCCUUUGGACACAAACUACGAAAGUACAAAAAGACACAUACAAAGCUAAACUUUUGACAAGACCAUUGUCUUCCCUACUCUUCUUGUGUGUGCGCCUAACAUUCUUUGAAAAACGAAUCCCCCAUUUCAAUGCUUUUACUAUUUCUUAACAUUCUCAGAAUAUUGAACAUAAAAUUAAAUUAAAGAGUGAAAAAAUAAAGGAAGGGACAAGACCAAGAACUUCAUAGCCUCCAUCAACGCCCUUCUUUCACGUUGGCAUAACUCUCCAACUUCUUCUCCAUCCCUUUUCAUAUCUUUGUAAUAAUUUACAUGAAAAACCUGUAACACCCAUAGACAAUAGUGACCCUUUACCUUAUAAGUUACAACCCCUCCAUCUUGUUCUUGUUCUUCUUGAUUCUUGAAUUAGGAAAUAGAAAGAAUGAAGAAUAGACAUAGUGUUAAAGUAUCUAUAAAAUGGAUUCCGAUCUUCUCAAUUGCUUUCUUCUUCAUUGGGAUGUUGUUCUCUAACAGAUGGUGGUCUCCAACUGAAUCUGGAAGUCAGCUGAUAGCUCAGCAUAGAAGGGACCAAGAACUUCAAGUUGUUUCUGAGGAUUGUAAUUCCAAAAAGAAGGUUUCUGUCGAUUCAAAAUCUAACCUCUUUUCUAGUCCUAAUCAGAAACAAGGACAUGAGAAGGAUGUAAUGCAUGAGGUGUACAAAACCCAUGAAGCAAUUCAAUCGUUGGACAAGUCAAUUGCUAUGCUUCAGAUGGAGUUGGCAGCUACUAGGAGCACACGGGAAAUGAAGGUGCCUGAUGAGUCUUCGAAUUUUUCUAAUUCCCAAAAUGGCCCUCCAAGAAAGAAAGUUUUUGUGGUAAUUGGAAUUAAUACUGCUUUUAGCAGUAGGAAAAGGCGAGAUUCGGUUAGAGAAACUUGGAUGCCUCAAGGGGACAAGCUUCUCCGAUUGGAGAAAGAGAAGGGAAUUGUAGUCCGCUUCAUGAUUGGUCACAGUGCAACAUCUAACAGCAUACUGGAUCGCGCAAUUGAUUCUGAAGAAGCUCAGCAUAAAGACUUCCUCAGGCUGGAGCAUGUUGAAGGAUAUCACGAGCUCUCUGCCAAAACUAAGAUUUUCUUUUCUACUGCUGUUGCAAAAUGGGAUGCCGACUUCUACGUCAAGGUGGAUGAUGACGUCCACAUCAAUUUGGGCAUGCUAGCUGCAACUCUUGCUCGUCAUCGGUCGAAGCCCAGAAUUUACAUUGGGUGUAUGAAAUCUGGACCUGUUCUUGCUCAAAAGACUGUAAAGUACCACGAGCCAGAAUACUGGAAAUUUGGAGAAGAAGGAAACAAGUACUUCCGACAUGCAACUGGUCAGAUCUAUGCUAUCUCCAAGGACUUGGCCACAUACAUAUCAAUCAAUCAGCCUAUUUUGCACAAGUAUGCCAAUGAGGAUGUGUCGUUAGGGGCUUGGUUUAUCGGUCUUGAAGUUGAGCACAUUGAUGAACGCACUAUGUGCUGUGGAACUCCACCAGAUUGUGACUGGAAAGCUGAGGCAGGUAAUGUAUGUGUUGCCUCGUUUGACUGGAGCUGCAGUGGAAUUUGUAAAUCAGUAGAGAAGUUAAAAUAUGUCCAUGAGAAGUGCGGUGAGGGGGAAGAGGCUCUUUGGAAUGCUCUCUUCUGAUUUUUCGCUUGAGAAAAAAGAGAGGGUUAAAGAUUCUUGCUGAGACAUAGCUGUUGGACGAUCUCCAUCUGGCUGGCUGUUUUUGAUUGCCAAAAUUUUGCAAUCAGAACUUUUAGUCCAGCAGCAGUUUGUAUAAUAUGAAAAGAGUAUGUUUGUUGUAGAUUAUGUCUGUCUAGAUACUGAUAUAGAUAAAUGGACCUUGGGGAACAGACUACCAUUUUGCUAAUUCUUUUCACAGCAUAUCAGGACGACCUUUAGAUGUGUGCUCACAUUCUUUGCGGUGCAAUUUUGGUGGUGGUGAGGUUCCAACUAUUAUUUCUUUAUUUGGUGCUUAUUUCUAGUUUGCGAGAACAAGGCCUCCACAUUUUGGCAAUGUAUUGUUUAAAUUAUUGGUAUAUUUUUAGUUGCAACGAAGUUUUCAGGAAAGGAAAGAGAUUUAUUCGCA